UGUUGAGUUCAGCUGUUCAAGUAGACGACGGUACUCAUGUUUGGCACCGUGCGACACGGCAAUAAAAUAUUUUAACAUUACAUUCGUCUCUUUUCCAGGGAAAUCACGAAUACAAAUGGGAACGGAGAUGCGACGUUGGCGCCGACAAACCAGAAGUGCACCGGAAAUCCCCGGAUGUACAACGGUAAGCCAUGUGCCUCCACGACAAAAUACGCUGACGGCAGCAAGGGCGCCUGCGGCUGCGGGCCCUCCGAGAACAACGACCAGUUCGAAUGGAACCACAGCGGGUUCGUGGCUGCAGCCAAUCAGGCUCUGUUCGACGCCGGAGGCGUUACCUGGUGCGGUGGAUGGUGCGGAAAAUGCGUCAAGCUAACCACCACCGGUGGUUUCGUCGAUGGCCAGGGCCAGGCCACGGGCGAGGGUCAGUCGAAGGUGUUCAUGAUAACCAACCUCUGCUCUAACACGUACCCAACCCCGAGCUGGUGCAGUCAACACGCGAGUAACGGCGGGGUCAACCAGAAUGGAUACGGAGCGCACUUUAACCUCCAAGAUGGCGCCAAUCAGAUCUCCGGUAUGGGCUGGGAUAACCCGGAAGUGACGUGGGAACUGAUCGACUGUGACGCAGGCCACUUAGAUGAUUGGCGCACACCUAACAACGGGAUGUACAUGACGUGCCAGUGCGGAUAGACUUUUGAAGCGCGCUCGACUAUGCAAAUAAAGAUGUAAAACAGCAAUAUAAUUGUUUGCCAACAUCUGCUGAAUAAAUGUAGUAAUUGCUGGCGAUUUUUAAUGCUUCAAGGUGUUAGAACUUUAAUAUGACAUUUUGAAAUUCCGUCGUUUGUUCGCAUAAUACGUAUGGACAUGGUAUUCGGCAUCCAAUAGAUAACUUGAAGAAUCAUUUACCUAAUAAUUAAGGAUUCUUAGACAUACCACAUGUAUUUCCCUGAAUAUUUGCUAUUUUUUUAACAACCUAUUAAUAAAAA